CGUCAAAUGUUUACCGAGUUGUCAAUUCAAUACAUUUCGUCUUCGUUGUGAAAUUUGUUUUACUUUAUAACACACACACUCUGCAGACAACACAAAACUAUGGCAAAAGUUUCAACUGGAACUGCUCCCUCGGAGCUCUCGGCGGAAAGCGAAUUAGACUGGAUACAGAUGCGCAAAGAUUUCGCCGGAGUACACGCCGAAACGACCAGGGAGAAAAUGGCCCGGAAGAUCAAUGAAAACCCAUUGGUACCAAUUGGCUGUGUAGCAACGCUAACGGCCCUUGGUCUAGGAUUAUGGAAUUUUCGAAAGGGCCGAUCUCAGAUGUCGCAGUAUAUGAUGCGCGCUCGUAUUUUGGCUCAAGGGUUCACAGUCGUUGCGUUAAUCAUAGGUGUUGGCAUGACUUAUGGCAGCAAGGAACCGGCCAAGAAGUAGUCAAAGUACGCUGAGGUAGUUGAGCAGUUUGCAGAUUGUUGUUAUGUGAGGAAUCAGCUGUUUAUUAUGCUUUGAAUAGAUGGUAUGAAUGUCACCAACUAAUGUGCAUCGAGUUUUUCUUCAGUUACUUCAUCGUAGGAGUCAAUGAUUUCCUCUGGCUCUGGGAACCCAUCUCCGUCGGAAGGUUUAAGCCAUAAAAGUCCAUCCACCCCCAUCCUCAUACAUUCGAAGUGAAGAAUCAACAACGGGUACGACCAAACUCGAGCCUCAACAUCUAGGCACAUGUGAAGAUU